AUGCACAGAUCGGAAUCUGAUCUAAAGCUACACACUGAACAUAUACAAGAAUUCUGUGACCAUUGGGGCAAUUGUAAAUCUCUUAUUAGCGAAAAUAACAGUACUGUUCUAUCCCUUUCCAAAAUUGAAACAGUCUUCUAUCAUGUUGGAAAAAUUAUACUUCUAGUUGUUGAUGAGCAUUCUCCUUGCAAUUCAGGACAGAAUAAACUAGUACAAGCUAGUCCAACAUUGAAAGAUGAAAAGUCUAUCAGUACACGUGAUGUAUUACGUAGAAAUCUUAUCAUUGCCUUUGAACAAUUAAUUACACAAUCGAAACAAAAUGUUUUAUUUCAUAGACAAAUUUUACAACCAUUAUGUCAAUUAUUAUUUAAAUUAUCAUCACAAUUACGACCAAGUUAUGAUCAGAUUUAUGGACGUCUGUUACAUAGUGUCUGUAUUUUAAUGUGUAGAAAUUUUCAUCUAUUGGAGUUUAGCAGACAAUUAUGUAAAGAAAUAUUCAACCAAUCGUAUAUGAUAUUUUCACUACUUGUCCCUUUGGUUCAUCGUAAUGAUACAUUGGGUGAUGCAGCUAGAGAUUCUUUUCUGUUAAUAUUUGCAAUUUCUAAAAAGGAUGAUAAUCUUGGUCAGUAUUUAGCCUAUGAAUCUGAUAUUUGUCCGGUUUUAGCUGCUGGUCUCAGUGGUCUUUAUUCUAGUUUACCAAAGAAAUUAGUCCCACGUUAUUCAAUAUGUCAUAGUAAUACUACUACUAAUGAUAAUGCCGGCAAUGGUUAUUCAUAUGAAUCUCCUGGAGGUCCAGUUUCAGUGACUACACCUGUCUUUAUCCAAUCUGACUUACGGUAUCCUUGUCUUUUGGAGUUACAAGUCGGUGGCGCUGAAUGGCAUCAGUUAACAGAAAGAGAAUGCUCCAAUUCAAUUGAUCUAAGACGAUUUUUGCAUACACUAGAUUUUUGUAAUUUAACUGUUAAAAUUGCACAUCCACAUGUACGUGAUCAAUUGUUACAUUUUAUUCAUUCUGGAUUCUUAAUUCCUGUCUUGGGAUCUGCACUGCAUCAAAGUGCUAUGGAUGAAGUGAUUGCUGCCACUGCCUACUUGGAGUUAUUUUUACGUCGUUUAACUGAACCCCUACUGAUUAGAUUAUUUCUCAGAUUCAUUGUUAUUGAAUCACAUGAUUCUUAUCAUAUUCUCACAUCAAUUAUGAAUCGACUGAAUGCCAGUGCUGUGCUUGGAAUGGUCACAUUAUCCUUAUUUCGUACAAUAUUAAGCUUUCAUUGUGAAGAUGUUAUGUAUGAAUUAAUAUUUAAACAUUUGCUAGCACUUAAUCACCUAGAUCCUGAAAAGUAUGAGUCUUCGAAUAACUUACAUAAAACACCCUUGACAGCCUCUUCAUUAUCAUUAUCAAGCAAUACUGCUGGUGGUGGUAUGGUCCAGCCUAAAUUAUGUUGGUCUGCAUCACCCCGAUUAAAUUCAUUAUCAUCAAUGAGAAAUGCUUCAUGUAAUCAACAUCCUUCAGUAAGUCAAUUGAUUCCACACCUUGUUAAAUCUGCUGAAUUAUUCUUAUCUCUUGCCAAUACAUCAUCAUCGUCUAAUGAUAAACUGAUAGAAUCUAGACAUCAUUCAAGAACAAGUUCAGAGGUUGGUAUGAAUACAUCGUUGAGAGAAGAGAAGAGAAAGAAAAUAUCAAGUGUAUCAUAUUGUCCUGUUGAAAAAUUACGUAAUAAUUCAAAAGAAUUCAUCUUCACUGGUCUCACACCUAAUACUGAUCCAUUGAAAAGUAUAAAUUUACACGAUAAUGACAACAGAACUGAUGAAUUCACAGAUGAUGAAAUGAAUAAAGGUUUGAAUAGUAAUGAAUGGGUAGUUAUUCGUACUGUACAUCCUAUCCUAUUGACAGAUAAUUAUCCAGAAUUAAUAAAUUAUAUUAAAAAUGCUAGUUUACGUGUAUCACGUCGACGUCAAGCGUGUAAAUCAUGGCAUUCACAAUAUUGGCCUAAAACUACUGAAAUAACUAAUAUAAGUAGUAGUAGUAGUAGUAAGUGUACACCAGUAACAGAUGAUAUAUUAGAACUGCAAGAAAGACAAGCACAACAGGAUUUAUAUAAGACAACAUCUUCAAACUAUCUAAAUGAUUGUUCAUUAUCACCAUCAACAAAAUAUCAUGCAAAAAUAAUUGAAGAACAUGAAAAAUGUUUGAAAAAUGACAAUGAAGAUGUUGAUGAUAUUGGAAUUGGUGUAUAUGAUUCAUCAUCUUCUUCAGUACACCUUCAUUCAUUAUCUCUUCAACAUGCUUCAUCAUUAUACCAAUUGAAUUAUUUAAAUGAUUUUUCAGAUGAAGAAAAUUGUCAUGAAAAUGAUAAGGAGGAUAAACAUGUAGAUACUACUACUACUACUACUACUUAUAAUAAUUUUACUGUUGAUACCGUUGAAAGAGAAGAUAACAAUAAUCUUCUGUCUAUUUCAACUGAUAGAAAUUUACCUCAUGCUUGUUCAAUGGAAUCGUUUCAUUCAAUUAAUCAUAGUAAAGUGAAUUCAUCACAAUUGUCAAAAUUGGCACCGAAAUUUAAAAAUUAUCCAGAGAAACAAAUGAAUAAGGCAGAGGUAACAGUAAUGAAGAAGAAUGUUGAUCAUGAUGAUAUAUUAGCUCAUUUAGAUGGAAAUAGUAUACAGGUGAAUAAUCAUAAUUCUUUCAUCUCUAUACCAUAUAAUGUAUCAUAUUUAAACAAUGAAAUUGUUAAUGAUAACAUUAACAAGAAUGAAAGGAGAGAAUAUGAAUUAGAGAAUUUCUUAGCUGCGCUUGAUUGUUUACCAUCACCUGGACAUUGUACAAAACAUUUUGGACAUUUAUCACCAUUUAUAUCAUAUAGUAAAAUUGAUGAUAACUUUUUAAAAAAGUUAGAUGAAUAUAUAAAAGAAUUUGAACAAUCACAAUUGAAUAUUGAUACAUUGACAUCGAAUAUCACUACUAUUACUACUUCUAUUACAAAUGCUAAGAAUGAAAAUGUUAGUAGUAAUUAUGAUGAUGAGAUAGUUGACUCAAAAUAUUUGAAAGAGAAUAUGUUAACAUCUUCAACAACAACAGUCAAACUUUCUACUGAUUGCCUAGACUGUGUAUCAUUGAAUAAACGAGAAUCAAUACAUUCAGACAAUAAUAGUAGUUGUAGUAGUAAUGGAGGUGGUGGUAUUGGAUACAGUUAUUCACAUCUAACUGAUUUCUCAUCGACUUCAUCAUCUCAAUCAGCAAGGCAUAAUUCUAAUUCAAUUGGUGUAGCUGGUGGUAUAGGUCCUUUUUUGUCUAUUCUCCUGAAUCGUUUAGCCAAUAUGCAUAAUAAUUGCUUUUUCACUAACCUAUUGCUUACGGAUAUAUUUUCUGCAUUGGCUUCUUAUCCGUGCCCAUUACUGUAUGAAUUUUUGCUGAAUCCUGCUGGUUUAAAUGUUAAGCCAUCUGUGAAUACUCUUUACAAGGUGCUUCGAUCAGUUAAUAGUCAAAUUGUCGUCGCUUCAGAGUCUGUUGAACAGUGGAAAUCACUUGUAUUUCGUGCACGUGUUUAUUUAAAUACUGUUUGGCCAGGUCCUUUUAAAAUGACAAUAGAUCCAAAUUUCUAUGCAACAAAAGGUGGUGUGCAAAAGAUCAACAAAACGAAAACAACACCAUCAAGUCGUCCAUCGAGAGAUGUAUCAGAGGACAGAAAUACUACGCCAAAUGCGUCACACAGUCGUCUACCUGACAGUACAAACCGAUCAACAGAAAUUCAUCCUCAUGUAGAUUCUGUACACAAAGAUUCCCUUCAGCAUAUAGUACCAUUGUUACCUGUUGUAUAUCCUGUUCCAUCAGUGAAUAAUAAUAGUAGUAGUAAAAUUAAUUCUCAGCAUUCACAUCGUAGUUCUGCAACUAGCAACAGUAUCAGUAGUAGUAUUACUUCGCAUAUACGUAAUACCAGUCGUAGUCGUAUAAAUCAACUCCUUGGUAUUACUAGUCGUAUUGCACUAAGUCCAGUAUUGAAACGUGCAUCACUUCAACCAAGUCGUCCGCUUAUUUCUUCAUCUAAUCAUCGUCGUAAUAGUAGUAAAUCGAAAUUAUUCAAUUCAGGAUCAGAGGAUGAGGAUGAUAAUGCUACUACGCCUAAUAAUGAUUUUUGCAAUGACAGUGGAAUAGAAGGAAGUCAUUCGAAAGUAUUAGGCACUUCAUUUUAUUCAGAUGCUGCUAAUAUUUCAAUAAAAACACGGAAUUUAGUCUAUGCUUCGAUUGUUUUCGAUGAAUUUUGUUAUGAAUUAGCGUCGAUUUGUUAUGAGCAUAGCUUAAAUCCCUGUAUUCCCUCCAGUUAG